AUGGGGUACUUAUCUCUCAGUACAGUACAACCUCUUACAGUUCUUUCAAGCAUGGUCCAAAACAACCCAUUGAGCCUAAACCAGGUGACACUGCAGUAUUUCGAUAAGCUCUUUGUUGUCAAAAACAACACCGCGCUCUCGGCGCCCACAAAGGGCAAAGUGUUGCUUGUUGACCAAUACACCAUGCCAAUUAUCUCCAUGAGUUAUACCCAAUCGCAACUCCUCCAGCAAGACGUGAUUUUGGUCGAGAUGCUUGGGAGUUUCAAGAAGUUAUCGAACAUGAAGCAUUUGAAUUGUGUUGUCUAUAUCCGCCCUUGUCGCGAGUCAAUUGCGUUUCUUUGUGAGGAAUUGAACUCGCCUCAUUACGGCCAUUACCAAUUGUUUUUCAGUAAUACGGUUUCCAAAAACGAGCUUGAAAAGAUUGCUGGCGCUGAUGAAUACGAAGUGAUCAACCAGGUCGUUGAGAUCUUCCAAGAAUACUCUGUAGUGAACGACAACUUGUAUAGCUUAUCCAAUUCAACAGAAAAGAACAGCGGCAAACUCUCCAAUGCAGCCGUUGAAGAGUCGUCGCACAUAAUGAGUUUGUUGUUGUCAUUGAAGAAGUGCCCUGUCAUCAAGUACGACUCCACAUCUGUGGACCUGAAGAGAUUGGCAUCAGAGGUAUUGUAUGGUAUCAAUUCAAACUCCAACAACAAUUUAUUCGAUGAUUUGAACAGAUCCACUUCAAAUGCACCUAUCCUUUUAAUUCUCGAUAGAAAACUGGAUCCUAUCUCGCCUCUCGUCACUCCCUGGACGUAUCAGUCUAUGAUUCACGAACUCAUAGGGAUCGACCGUAAUAUUGUCAAAUUGCCUGAAACAGAUGAACAAUUGACGCUCUCUGAAACACAGGAUGUAUUCUACCUGGAAUCCAUGUAUCUUAAUUACGGUGACCUCACCGAAAAGUUCCAGCGAUAUGUUGAUGACUACAAAAAGCAAACAAAACAGUCCUCGAUUCAAAACCUAAAAACUCAGGAUCUCUCCGAAUUGAAGCGUAUCCUUACAAGAUUUCCCGAGUUCAAAAAACUCUCAAACAAUAUCUUGAAACAUCUCAAUAUCAUCAGUGAGAUCGACAAGCAAAUUCUGUCUCAAAACCUUUGGGCUGUGGGUGAGCUCCAGCAAACUAUUGUAUGCAAUCUAGAAAAUCAUCAAGCUGUCAAAACAAAAUUGAUGGACCUCAUUGCAGAUUCAACGAUAACUUGUGAGACUAAGAUCAAGUUGUUGUUGCUCUACGCUAGCAAACAUCCACAAAAUACUACAGACUUCAACGCCUUUGUCAGCAAAUUACAAGAUCCAUUCACGACGAAUCCACCUCCUACUGCAAUGCAGUUGAACUUGCUUAAGCAGUUUGGUCGUUUGUUCAAGCAAUCGCUUCAAAACAGCUCUCAUAGUGAUCAUACAAAUGACAACAACAACUUUGGUCAGUUGUUUAGCCAAAACCGUAUCAAGAUCCAGCAGUUGUUCAAUUCAAACAAUAAUUCCAGAAACACACCAAAAAAUGAUAAUAUUUACAUGCAAUACGUUCCAAAACUCGAAUCCAUACUCUACGAGUUGAUUAAUCCCCAUGAUACACAUAGUCAGGAACUCUCGCGAGCUUCGAAACUUGCAACUAUGGUACCAGACGUUUUGGGAGGAGAUAUUGCUGGUGCUGUACAAUCUGUGCAAGACAUCAUCGUGUAUUUCAAGGGCGGAGUCACUUACGAGGAGGCACGCCUUGCUCACGAAAUCUCAAUUGCAAAUCCUAGCAUCAACAUUGUCAUUGGAAGCGAUCGUAUAUUGAACAGCACGCAAUGGCUUGAUAAAAUGACUGAUCUUGCUAACAGUUCGAAUGAGACCUCGGCUCCAGCGCCAGACAGAAAGGCACAGCUUAGGGAUAUAUUGUAA